UAAACACCAACUCCGCCAAUUCUCUUUUGUAAGCGGCUCCUAUUUCCAUCAAGACUACAUUAUUUGUGUGGCGUGGGCAUGUCAUCUGGUCUGGUAUAAUUUGGUGUGGUCGCAUGCUCUGCGCGUUGGCAACAUUUUGUUUCAGCAUUUUUUUUUUUUUCUUCUUGACUACAAUUAUCGCCAAUACCAAUGACUCGCUCCUAUAGCCAGCAAUAAGUGAUUACCGUGCUUGGAAUAAACUAACGGAAUUCUCUGUCAAACAGCGGCGGUGCCAACAACACCCAAACCUCAACCUCGACAACCACACCUGGGACGACGAACACAUCCGGAGGCCUUUUCGGAAACCUUGGCAGCUCGACCGCACAAUCAAAACCUGCAGGGGGACUGUUUGGAAACGCCGGUAGUGCUACUACGCAGCAGUCACAACCUUCUGGAUCCAGUAUGUUUUCGGGGCUGGGUGGGCAGCAACAACAGGGCAGCACAGGCGGUCUGUUUGGAGGCUCUACAGCGACUACCUCGCAGCCUCAAUCAGGCGGUCUCUUUUCAGGCACUGCAGGCGCAAGCAGCAAUACCACACAGAGCGGAGCUACUGGUGGGGGAUUGUUUGGGGGUCUAGGUGGUGGAUCUACAGCGCAAACCCAGUCUAAACCAUUCGGUGGCCUUGGUGGAUCGACGACAACCGGGGGAGGCCUCUUUGGCGGUGGAAACCAGCAGCAGCAGCAACCGCAACAAGCUCAAAAACCUACACUAUCUCUUUUCGGAAAUCAGAGUACUACCACACAACAACCAGCACCGCAAGCUUCCACGGCAGGCACCGUGGUUCCUGGGGUGAAGGUUGAUGUGAGCAACCUUUUGCCAACAACGAAAUAUGAGAGUUGCGCCGAGGAGGUUAAAUCCGAGUUGGAGAGGCUCGAUUCUUUCGUCCUCAGCCAAAUGAAUAUGUGCAAUGAGGUUGCAAAUCUGGUUCCAUCAAUUGCCAGCCAGGGCGAAACCAUCCCUAACGACGUCGACUUCGUGCAGGGCAAGUUGGAAACGAUGCAACAUGCUCUUGAAAAUGAUGCCGGCGAUAUUGAUCAGCUGCGCAGCCUGGUGGCUCGGGACGCGGCUGAAGCACAGGUUGCAUUCCGUGCUAUCGACACAUUGAAGCUGCCUUUGCAAUAUCAAUCUGCAGGGGGUGCCGGAUGGUGGUCCGUCCAGGACCAAAAACUAUCUGACCGCCAGUCUUUGCGAUCCGCGCGCAAGAACACCCUAGCUCUUCCCGAUGAUGUCGAGGGCGAUCCUUCCACCGCUGCCGCUGUGAACGGAGUGCCUGUGAACCUUGUCGACUACUUUUCACACCGCUCAGAUGAGAUGGGAACUGUCCUCGAUCGUUACACACGAAACCUGAAAGAAAUCGAAGACCACCUUCACGGAGUGGAGCUCACACUGAGCCGACAGAUCAACGAGUUUGUGGCAUCGAGAAGCCGGGAUGGCUCAGCUGCAGGAACACCAAAUUCGAUGCUCAACGACCUUGCUGCUGUCCUUGGAGACGUUGAGACUGGCAUUCUGGGUGUUGCCACCAGAUUGGGAGGAGUUACAGAGCAAGUGCAAGAAGUCGUAAUGGGCCCGCCGUCGGUAGGCGAUGGCCGAUACAAUUUAUAAAGACGCACAUAGAUGUUGUGCACUACCGAGUAUUGUUCCACGUGAUUCCCUUUUUCUGUACAUUAACUACCUUACGAACCUUGGCUUUGGUUGUGGACAGCAAGAGGAUUUGAUUUGAUGUUAUGUGAUUCAGCAUUUAAUGCGGUUAGGCGUUUUGCGUUUGAAAGAAUUAUAAAAGGGUUUUUAUCUGUCUUUCCAGAGUUUGUAGCUGUCGAUAUUAGGCGUAAACAAUAGAAGAAAAGUUUGGAUGUUCAGGA